AGUGUAAAUCUGCAAGGAGCAGGUGUGGGUUCCGCCAGUCGGCGGCUGCUUUCGCGAUGCCGGGGGCCGCGGCGCCGGGCUCGGAGCUGUCCGAGAGGAUCGAGAGCUUCGUGGAGGCCCUGAAGCGAGGCGGAGGGCGGCGCAACUCGGAGGACAUGGCCCGCGAGACCUUGGGGCUUCUGUGCCGCAUCGUGCGGGACCACGGCUGGAGCAACGCGGGAGACCUGAUGGAGAUCGUCCGCAGAGAGGGCCGCAGGAUGGCGGCCGCGCAGCCCUCGGAGACCACGGUGGGCAACAUGGUGCGCCGAGUGCUCCGCAUCGUGCGCGAGGAGUACGGCAGACUCCACGGCCGCAGCGACGAGAGCGACCAGCAGGAGUCCCUGCACAAGCUGCUCACCUCGGGCCGCCUGCACGAGGACUUCAGCAUCCACUACGCGCAGCUCCAGGCCAACAUCAUCGAGGCGGUCAGCGAGCUGCUGGUGGAGCUGGAAGGAACAAUGGAGAAUAUUGCGGCCCAGGCCCUGGAGCACAUCCACUCCAACGAAGUGAUCAUGACGAUCGGCUACUCACGAACUGUGGAGGCCUUCCUCAGAGAAGCCGCCCAGAAGCGGAAGUUCCAUGUCAUUGUGGCGGAGUGUGCCCCUUUUUGCCAGGGCCAUGAGAUGGCAGUCAACUUGUCAAGAGCCGGUAUCGAGACAACGGUCAUGACGGAUGCCGCCAUCUUUGCUGUUAUGUCAAGAGUCAACAAGGUGAUCAUUGGCACAAAGACCAUCCUGGCCAACGGCGCCUUGAGAGCAGUUGCGGGGACCCACACUCUAGCACUAGCAGCGAAACACCACUCCACUCCGCUCAUUGUCUGUGCGUCCAUGUUCAAGCUUUCCCCGCAGUUCCCCAAUGAGGAAGAUUUAUGUCACAAGUUCGUGGCUCCUGAGGAAGUGCUGCCAUUCACAGAAGGGGACAUUCUGGAGAAGGUCAGUGUCCACUGCCCGGUGUUUGACUACGUGCCCCCAGAGCUCAUCACUCUCUUCAUCUCCAACAUUGGUGGGAACGCACCUUCCUACAUCUACCGCCUGAUGAGCGAGCUCUACCACCCUGAAGACCACGUCCUCUGAGCACUGGUGCUGAGGCAGGCAGGACGAGCCGGGAUGACGGGAGCAGCCAGAAAACACUUGCCUUCCCGCUCCGGUCACCUUGGGAGAAGGAGGCCUACCCAGGGCUGUCACAGAGCAGUGGGCUUUGACCUCUUGGUUUUGGAGCCUUUACUGGCCUGGCUCAGCGAUUCUGGAACUGGUUCAGCGCGAUGUCAAGCUUAACACCGAAUACCUUGCUGUCAUAUAGGUCUCGGCUCAGAAAUGGCUACCACCCUUUCUCCUGUGCUGUGUCAAUAAAAACUGCUGGAAGCUUC